AUGACAACACUUCGCAAGUUCGUCGCCACAGACCUUUUCAAUUUCAACUUGAUCAAUCUGGACCGGUUCACAGAGACCUAUAAUCUUGGUUUUUAUGGGUACUACUUUACGCGCUGGCCUUGGUUGCAGCGGGUCGUGGUGGCCCCCGACGGCACGCUGGCCGCCUACAUCCUUGGCAAAGUGGAAGGAAGUGGCCGCAUGCUGCACGGACACAUUUCCGCGGUCACAGUCGCACCGGAGUACCGCCGCCUCGGUGUGGCACGGGCACUGUUGCAGUUUCUCGAACAGGUCUCGGAGCAGCACGCGGGGGCUUUCUUUAUCGACUUGUUCGUACGGGUGAGCAACCGUACCGCCGUGGACAUGUACCAGAGACUCGGAUACGCGAUUUAUCGUACUGUAGUUGGCUACUACGCUGACUCCGAAGACGCCUACGACAUGAGGAAACCGUGUCCCAGUCGUGACCCUACCGGAAGCUGUCUGGUUUGCGCUCGCAACCGCCGUCGCGUCCGUCCGCAUGAAUUGGAGUUCGACUAG